CUCAAUUGCUUGUCCCAUUUUAUUUACUUUUUUCGCCCAUUCCUCCUUCAACCAGAGGUGAAGAACCCAACAUGGACGACCUCAUGACGUCAAACAUCCUCACCACAACGGCCAUGAUGGCUUUUCCUUUCCUAAACUCCAGUGCCCCAGAGAGCCAGGUGUCGGUGGGUCCGUCCCCCGAGCCCGGCCCCUGUUCCUUGGACACCAGCUCCCUGCGGAUCCCCCUGACGCUCUUCUACGCCCUCUUUGUCGUGCUCGGCCUGGCCGGGAACCUGCUGGCCCUGUGGGUGUUCCUGCGCGACCGCUCCGACAAGAAGGGCUCCGACAAGAAGGCCUCCGACAAGAAGGCCUCCGUGGACGUGCUCCUGGUCAACGUGGCGCUGUCGGACCUGCUGCUGGUGCCCUGCCUGGCCUUCAGGGUGUGGUACCACGGGGUGCGCGGGGAGCGCUGGGAGCUGGGCGCCACCAUGUGUCACAUGGUCGGCCAUUUCUUCUACAUGAACAUGUACAUCAGCAUCGUGCUGCUGGGGCUGAUCAGCGUCGACCGCUACGUGAAGACCAGCCGAGGCGGGGUGCCGCAGCAGCGGCCCCUCGGUCUGGCAAAAAGGUGCGGCUGGAGAACUGCCGCCUGCACCAUCAUCUGGGCCCUGGCCUUUGCCUCGGUGAUGGUGUCCCUGCUGUCGAUCCUGCUCACCGAGGAGACUCCCAAGGAGCUCAACAGAUGCUUCCAGUAUAAGGAGCUCCAGGACGCCAAGUGGAGGGGCUACCUCAACCUCAUGCUGGUGGUCGUCGUCUGGAUCAGCUACGGCUGCAUGGUGGUGUGCUACGUCAAGAUCGCCUUCAAGCUGCUGAGGACGUCCAAGGAAAAGCCCGACCUGCCCAACGCGGCCCUCUACACCCAGACGGCCAAAAAGUCCUUCUUCAUCCUCGUCCUCUUUACCGUGUGCUUCGUGCCCUACCACAUAGUGCGCGUCUUCUACAUCAUCACCCAGAUGACCGAAACGUCCUGCUACUGGAAGGGAGUGGUCGACCAGGCCAACGAGGUGGCCCUGCUCUUCUCUGCGCUCAACAGCUGCCUGGAUCCAGUCAUGUACUUCCUGCUGUCGUCGUCCAUGAGGAAGCAGGUGAUGCGGUUGCUGGGCAACGUCAGGCAGGACCGUCCCGAGACAGCCGUCGACCGGGCUGGUGGGCGUCUUCGGGAAUAAUACGGCUGACAUUACAAGAUGGGGAAUGGGAAUGCCAGCGAGACUUGAAACCUAUGUAUAUGUAUUCCACAACUUUGUUGAACACAAUUCGGUUUGUUCUACUAAGACAGGGGUUUUCAAAUUGGGUGAAUGUGAGCCUCCCCUUAGAGUAGGUAAGGACAGCCGAGCAAUUCUUUGCAACAGCAAAUCAUUUCCAACUUCAUGCAGGCCUAAUUGAGGCUACUUUUAAAAUCACUGAACAUCAGUAAGCCUAUC